ACAUAUGAUAAUGUAAUUGUGUGUGUAUAUAUAAAGACAUUCUCAUAAGUGUCCUUUCAACCAUAAAGAAAAACUAGGUAGAGAAGAAAAGAAUAGGGAGAGAGAUGCCUUCUGCGCUUCAGCUUCACCGAUCGGCGGCGGCGGCGGCGGGGGUGGGGAGUGUUUAUAAGCAGGCGCAGGCGCAGGCGGCGAGGUGGAUGAUUCCGGUGUCAAUCUCGGUGCCGGAGCACGUGCUGCAGUACCACACGCACGCGGUGGGGGCGGGGCAGUGCUGCUCGGCGGUGGUGCAGGAGGUGGCGGCGCCGCCGGAGGCGGUGUGGGGACUGGUACGCCGCUUCGACAACCCGCAGGCGUACAAGCACUUCCUGAAGAGCUGCCACGUCAUUGUCGGCGACGGGGACGUGGGCACGCUCCGGGAGGUGCGCGUGGUGUCCGGCCUCCCCGCCGCCUCCAGCACCGAGCGCCUCGAGAUCCUGGACGACGAGAAGCACGUGCUCAGCUUCGCCGUGGUCGGCGGCGAUCACCGCCUCAACAACUACCGCUCCGUCACCACCCUCCACGCCCACAACCACAACAACACCACCGUCGUCGUCGAAUCCUACGUCGUCGACGUCCCUCCCGGCAACACCAACGACGAAACCUGCGUCUUCGUCGACACCAUCGUACGUUGUAAUCUUCAAUCGCUAGCGCAAAUCGCCGAGAACUCCAACAACAACUCUCCAAAUCAAGAACUGAAAAGUCAUACUACUAAUACAGUGAUAGAAGUUCGUUGAAGACUAUAAAGGUGUGAUGAAGAUCUCGUAUGAUGUUUUGUAACCAAACACAUAUACUACAUUAUUUCUUGUUUUUUUUUUUUUUUUUUUUUUUUUUUUUCAAUCUUUUAUUUUUGCUUGGGGGAUUUUCUUCAAUCUCCUGAGUUAACAAUAUAUACAAUUUCUUGUGUUUCUUGAUCUGUAGUGAGUUGUUGCCCAUGAUGUCUUGACUGGAGAUUUCAUGGUAUGGGUAGUGUUUGGAAGAUGUAAUAUAAAAUGUUUUUUUUUUUUU